AUGGGGGCUAAAACCAUGAAUAUGAUCCUUGCAAUAGCAGUUGCAGUGUUCAUGCUACAUGGAACAGACGCUGCAGAAUACACAGUAGGAGACGACCUGGGUUGGACCAUUCCACCAGGUGGCGCCGCCACGUAUGCUUCAUGGGCUGCCGAGCAUAGCUUGGUAGUAUACGAUAUUCUAGUCUUUAACUUUGCAGUAGGAGAACAAGACUUGGCUAUGGUGACCAAGGAGGAUUUUGAUGCGUGCAACACCGCAGAACCCUUAGUUGUGUUCCAAAAACCAGGAAAAUUUAAAUUUGUGGGCGAGAGCACGUACUAUUUGACCUGCACCUUCGCCGGCCAUUGCGCCAAAGGCCAAAAGAUUGCCCUUUACUUCGCUUCCUCAGGCGGAUCUCCAUCUCCAAGUCCCGCUGCAAGUCAAAGCCAAAGUCAAAGUGCCGAUGAUGCUGCCGCGGUCAAAUUUGUGUCCAAGAAAGAGUAUGGCUUCAAGAAAUUAAUGCCUGUAACGAUGAAGUCCCUGUAA